AUGCCUAUUGGCUCCAUGAUUUGUCAUACCUGCAGGAAAGAUGUAACGAAACUUAAAAAUAAUGAGCCAAGUACUAGUGCUAAAAAUGCUGAAGCUGAGGAUUCUUCUGGAUCGGAGGAACUCAUCCAUGGCGAUGACCCUGCCUUCACUUCAACUUCAACGGCUGUUGAGUUACUUAACAUAUCACAUCAUAUUACAUCCAAGCACUAUGCGACAAAGAAAGUGAAAAAAAUCUCUUUAACAGUGAAACGUAACCUUUUUGUUGCUGUGGAAACUUCUUCAUCGGAUAAUGAAGAUGAUAUUGAUGAAUCGGUUCUCCAAAAUCUAAAAACUAACUUUUUAUGUUCUACAGAUAGGACGAAAAAAAUAAUGAUACUUACAAGUUUGCCGAAAAAGUGGAGUAUCAGGAAGAUAAUGAGAGAGUUUAAUGCUCCAAAUUACAUGGUUCGGCGAUCAAAAAAAAUUUUGAGAGAAAAGGGGUUUAUGGAAGGUCCAAACCCCAAACCAGGCAAAUAUUUACCAUUAGAAACAGUAAAAAAUGUUCAUUCGUUUUAUGAAAGUGAUGAAGUAAGCCGGGCAAUGCCGGGUAUGAAGGAUUGUGUAACAGUUACUAAACCAGAUGGAAGUAAGACUAAAAUUUCUAAAAAACUUAUUUUGUGCAAUCUUAAAGAAGCUUAUAAACAUUUCAAAGACAAGUUUCCUGACAUUAAAAUAGGUUUCUCUAAGUUUGCUGAGCUGAGACCCAAACAGUGCAUUUUAGCUGGGCAAAGUGGCACACACUCUGUUUGUUUGUGCACAACUCAUCAAAACAUUAAGUUGAUGAUAGAAAAUGCAAAACUUAAUAUAUUAACAAAUGGAAACCUAAAAAAUUACAAGCAAUGCAUUGCAAAAAUGCUUUGUAACCCAUCAUCAAUAGCUUGCAACGUGGGAAAUUGCGAAUAUUGCCCUGGAGUAACUGAAAUCCAUAAAAUGUUACAAGACUCUUUCGAUGAAAAUUUUAUUGAAAAAGUUCAAUUUCGACAGUGGGUAUCGGUUGACCGCUGUAAUCUGGAGACCUUGGAAAAAACUUCCGAAGAGUUUAUCGAUUUAUUUUGUAGUAAGAUGUCCGCUUUGGUUAAGCAUGACUUUAUCGCCAAGCAACAAGGAGCAUUCCUUAACAACACGAAAGAAAAUCUUCAUGAUUCAGAAUUUGUCGUUACUUGUGAUUUUUCCGAAAAUUAUAGUAUAGUUCUUCAGGAUGAAGCACAGAGUUAUCACUGGACAAGCCAACAGAUUACGAUUGAUCCUUUUGUUAUAUAUUACAAACAAGAAGACAACAUUGAACAUUUGAGCUUUGUUAUUAUUUCAGAAUGCUUACAGCACAACACAGUAGCUGUUUAUACAUUUCAAAAGAAGCUCAUUUGUUAUUUAACAAACAAAUUUCAAAAGCUUCCAAGAAAGAUAUCUUAUUUUUCUGACGCAACAGCACAUGGGAAAGGGCCAUGCGAUGGAGUAGGCGGUUCUGUUAAAAGGCUGGCAGCUCGCGAUAGUUUGCAAACGCCAUAUGACAACCAAAUCCAAACCCCACAAGAUCUCUUUGAGUGGGCAGUAGAAAACAUACCAAAGGUAGAUUUUGCCUUUUUCACUCAAGAGGAUUAUGCUGUUUCAGAAAUGUUUCUGGAAAGCCGUUUUAAACAAGCACUAACCAUUAAAGGAACACAACAGUUCCAUGCAUUUAUUCCCAACACUAAAUCAGAACUACUAGUGAAACAGUUUUCAGAUGAAAUGCAGGGUUGGGAGAGGAAUGUGGCUAAACCAGUGGACACACUGAAGUUAGAAGACGUUUCAGGCUAUGUCACCACUGUAUAUGGCAAAAACUGGUGGCUUGGCUAUGUUUUAGAAAAAGAUGAAGAACAUGAUGAAGUGAAAAUAACUUUUCUUCAUCCUUGUGGGCCAGCAUCAUCAUUAUCUUACCCUAGACAUGCAGAUGUCCUAUGGCUUUCCGUUGUGGACAUUCUAGCACGAGUAAAUCCUGUUACACCAACUGGAAGAACGUACGCUCUUGGAGGAAGUGAUGUGAAGCUAACUCAAAUUGCAUUUUCAAAAGUUAAUCAGUAA